CGACACCUCAGCCGCGCUUUACGGCCGUCGCGCGGCCCCGGGCGCUUUACGGCAGCGCGACCCGGGCGCGGCGGGCGGAGCGGGAUGAGCUUCUACGACGCGUUUCGGGGCUUCUUCGGGUUCCCGGGGCGGCGCAGGCCCCGGGAUCCGCUCUUCGGCGGCGCGGCGUGGGACGAGGAUGAUGAUGAUGAGGAGGACGGCCCGUCCCUGGCGCAGCCCCCCCAGGACUUCUUCGGCUUCGGCUUCGGUCCCGGCGGGUCCCGCGGCGCCUUCGAGGAGCUGUUCCGCGACAUGGGCGAGCUCCUGGGCGUCUUCGGGGGGGCCUGGGCCGGGCCCCCGCAGCCCUUGGAGCCCCCCCUGCCCGCUCCCGGCGAGGGGCGGCCGCUGCGGGACUCCAUGCUGAAGCACCCGGACAGCCCUGCUCCCGGCGCGGUCCCGGGAGGUCCCGGUGACCCGGCCCGGCCCUGGAGACCCUUCCCGGGGUUGGAGGACGCUCACCCGGGGCCUCCGGACGUCAAGGAAGACCAAGACCUGGACUCCCAAGUCUCCUCUGGGGGGUUGGGGACCAUCCUGAGACCCGAUGAGCCCAAGUCCCACUCCUACUUCCAGAGUGUCUCUGUCACCAAAGUGACUCUCCCUGACGGGGCGGUGGAGGAGCGUCGGACCGUGCAGGACAGCCAGGGCCGGCGGGAGACGACGGUGACGCGCCGGAGGGGGGACCAGGCCUUCAUCACCACCACCAAGGAGGACGGGCAGAGCAAGGACUACCGGGAGGAGGUGGUCAAUAUGGAUGACCGGGAGCUGGCCCAGUUCGCGGGCACGUGGCCACGGCAAGACGAGCUCCGCGCUCCCAACCUGAGCGAUCCCUCGUCCCUGCUGGGCACCUUCUUCCGACGCUGGUUCUCAGGCUGGUAGCUGUGCCCCACCCCGGCUGAGCACCCCAUGGGUCAGAUCCUGCUGGGAGCUGGUACCCACGCCGGGGGGCAUGUCUGCCCAUCUUCUGGGGCGCUGCGGGGAGCCCUGUGGGGGCCGAGUGCGUGUGUGCGUGUGUACAGAGCAAUAAAAAUCUAUUUAUGCUAACA